CUUUGCUGUCGGGAAUUAGGAAUUAUUUCACAGGAGUAAAUACGGGGCGAUAUUUCCAAAACUUCUCCCUUCAUCCAGAUCUCAUACAGUAAGGAAGGUCCAACACCACCCAACAUGAGGAGCCUCCUUCAGUUCUUGGCCCUCUGCGCUGUGGUCUCCCUCUGUGUCUGCUACGAUUCUAGUGAAAGCAAUGAAUCCCAUGAAGAUUUGUUUGUGCCUCCAAAUCGAGCCAACUCCUUCAUCCAUGGCCACAGACGCACCACACCCAGCCACUACAACCAGAACUACUCGAGGAAGUCUCCAGCAGAGAUCCGUGCAGAGACCUGUGAGGACUACUCACCCUGCCGCUUCUACGCUUACCGCUUCGGCGUCCAACACGCCUACCAGAGAUACUUCGGAGGCCGAAAUUCACCACAGCAGCAGCAGCACCGUUACAGAUCGUCUGUGACUCGUCGGUUCUAAAAGUUGAGUGUCAGGGCGGUGCCCUCGUCACCACCUGUCCCUUCACUCCACAUCUGCUAAAGUUUUCCCUAAUUUAUAUCUUUUUCUCAGUUUUUGCCAAGAGAGAGAAACCUGGAUAACACAGGAGUCCAGUGUGAAGUCCUGAAUCCUAUUCUCAUGCUUACAGAUAUUCACAAUCUGAUUCCAGGUGUAAUCUUGUUUUAGUGUCUUACUUUGGAGCUGGAAAUGCCAGAAUGAAAUGUCUGUUAUAUUAUCCACCUGUCUAUCUAUCUUUUUGUUUUGUUUUUGUUGAAAGAAACAAAAAUAAAAGUUAUUUCUUGAA